AUGAACGAAAAGUCGAAGAAAAGCAAGAAAGCAAAGUUGGUGAAGAGUGGGAUUGAUGAGGACAUCGUGGAGGAAACUGAACAAGAUAGAACAUUUGGGGAUGAUCAUGUACAGUUGUUGAUAGAAGGAGAUGGGAUAGAAGAUCUUGAAAGUUCCCAGACUCGAGACCUGGAAAUUACGGAUACGACAGAAAUUGUCUCUGAAAUGAAGAGUACUUUGAAUCCAAAAAAUGUCUUCCAAAUUGAAGAUUUGGGACGACAGAAUGACUUGUUGAACUACACUGCUGAUGAUAGUGACAGUGAAACACGUGCACAAAGAAUGACAAUCCAAGAAGCGUUUGCGAAUGAUGAUGUCAUCGAGGAAUUUGUAAAAGAAAAAGCCGACGCAACGGAAGCAAACAAACCCAAGGAUCUGGAUCUGAGUUUACCAGGUUGGGGAGACUGGGCUGGACCGGGAAUUGAUGAAACGAAGCGGAGAAAGAAAUUCACAGUUCCGGCAAAGCCUGUGCCAGCUCGGAAAGACAACAAACUUGCACAUGUGAUUAUCAAUGAAGAUAGAGACAAGAAGUUUGCUAAAAAUCAGGUAAUGUGGUGAUCCAUUGUGUUAGAACAAUGAUGCAUUGUUCUUAAGACAAUGGUUAUAUUGUCUUUAUAUUGUCUGAGAACAAUGCCUUAUAUAUUGUCUGAGAAUAAUGCUUUAUUGUCUGAGAACAAUGGCUUCAUUGUUUCAGAACAAUGACUCUAUUGGCUGUUCAAUAUUUUACUAUCAAUGUGUUUUUCAAUUUAGGUUAGCCAAUUGCCGUUCCCAUUCACAUCACGUGAUCAAUGGGAGCGAAGUGUGCGCGUUCCUCUAGGAAAGGACUGGAACACCACCUCAGUUCACCAAAAGCUGAUCAAACCGCGUAUUGUGACCUUGCCUGGGACAAUUAUCGAACCUAUCAAGCCAGCUAAAGGAGUACAGCGAUCAGCUGUUGUUGAGGACAGUCGUAAACCACGUCACGGUAGAAAGAAAGGCACCAAAACAAUGGGGUCUGGUAUUGAAAUACACAACUAAUGAUGUCAUGCAUAUCCUUGAAUAUGAUUGGAUGUUAAUGAAAAUUUUGUAGAUCUCAGCAAUUAAAGUGUAUUACUGUCGUGUGCUUGAAACAUUUUCUAUUCUCUUGUUUGUAACAAGCAUUUGAAGGUUUCAGAGGUUGGCUGAUAUUUUGAUUUGGGACUUUUCAUCGUUCGCUGCCAACGACGGUAUAUGACUAAAACACUGAUCUUUAUACGUUUCUUUUUCACUAGAGUGUUGACCAUCAUUUUCAAGCUCGUUCCCAGUCUUUGAAUGUCCUCUUCGCAAAUAUUGCGCAACAUUCAACAUGCAUAUUUAAAAUUUUUGUUUUUACUGAAUGAACUUGUACCGCGCGUGGCUUUUGUUUGAAAAUACAUCGUUCUAUAAAAGAAUAGAAAGUUAUUUGUAGCUGCUACAAUUUUUAAAACUGUGCUCUGCAAGGUAUAGAUUUUUGACAGCCGUCUGUCUUAUGUCUAUUAAUUUUGCCGGCGGGGUUUGAGGGCAUGUGAGUGAUUGGACUGCGGAGGAAAUCGUCUGUUGUCGUGUUCUGGUAUUACCUGUAAUUUCCAUUAAAAGUUCAAGCUUUUGGUAUGUAUUUGCUAUUUUUUAUGUAUUUUUUAUUAGGGCAGAGUGUAAAAAAUAAUUAUUUCUGCUUUGAGAAAAAUUUCUAAUAACGUGUUGCAAUGUAUAAAUUUUCUUCUGUCUGUCCCACAUCUAGCUCUUGACAAGCACUCAUUUGCUUUAUAACACUAACCAAUUGGUAUGUUUGAGUCAGCAGUGCUGCAACAAAUGAUGGCUGACUUGAUAUGUUCUCUUAUAAUUUCUGAUACUUUAUUAAACUGCCAUUUGGUUGACCAGGAGUUGCACCAUGGCUGUCACCUGGUUUCCAUUUGGUUGUGACAUUUGUUAACAUAAGUUCUUUGUAGGUUUGCAUGGCAAUAUAAAAGAUAUAAUACUACCACUUGCAAACAACCGCAAAACCCAAACUUUUUUCACGUUUGUUUACGUUUCAAAUGUACACAAUGCGUGGGUCAACCGUGCAUGUUGAAAUGUAACAACAAUUAGUUUGAGCCGCGAAAUAGUUACGUUUGACAAAUCUCGCCCAGACGUAACUAUUUCGCGGUUCAAAUUAAAUGUUGUUACAUUUCAACAUGCAUGUUUGACCCGCCCAUCGUGUACGUUUGAAACGUGAAAAAAAGUUUGGAUUUUGCGGUUGCUUGCAAAUGGUAGUAUUAAUUGUUAACAUGUCAAGGUCAUCAUAAGUCGGUUUUCCACUAAUUGGAAUUUUGCACACAGAGUGGAAUUUUUCCACCCGAGAAAUCCCAAGAUAAAUGCUUUUUUCUCCACAUGCAAAAUUCUGCAUUGUGGAAAAUCGGCUGGCCGCCUCGAUUCCAAGUUAUUGUUUUGUGUGCACAGACAAGCAAAUUGGGUUGUUCUAGAAAAGAUGCACACUUCAAUCUGUAUUAGAAGCUAACAAUUUAAACUUCACAAUUGAGGAAAGUAUGCAUACAAUACGUGGUGACAAUGUUGUUUCUUUUCAGUUUUCUAGCAGAGAGAUUCAGGGUUAUGUCUUCAUUAAAAAGUUUCAAAAGAUCCUGGCUUGUUUGGAUCUGGCUUGUCACAGUGUUUUUUCUAAGUGGUCUCAUUGUGAAUUCCAUUCAAAUACUUCUACUGCCGCUGUGGUAUAUUUCACACAAUGUUUUCAGACGUGUUAAUGCUGUGUUGUGUUACUCACACUGGGCAAGUACGUACAAGAUUCUAUAUUGUUAAUUUGCAUUGUUGGGCGCUGGCAUUCACAGCACAGUGGUACAACUUGGUUGCAUUUUCCUCUUGUGUUAGCACUGGCAAUAAGAGAUGACAAUUGCUGCUCCUUUCAGGAUAGCAGUUCAGAACUGUUGGAGCCAUCCAGGUUUGGUCCUGUAUACAGUAGAAACUCUGGAUGAGUGAGGGACAAUUCCCUUAUUCAAAUUCCUAUACGAGAUCCCAUAGGAAUUUUACUAAAUAGACUAUUCCUACAGGAAUUUCUUUGUAAAUACAAUUUCCAACUAUAACUUCCUUCCAACUUUAGUUUUCUUGGUAUAAGCACCUUUUAGUCAUCUGCUAACUGGGUCCUCGUCUUAUUAGUGUUAACAUUUGUUGGUGAAUGGUGGGGACAACUUGACAUAAAGUUUUAUGGCAAGAAGGAAGAUUAUGAACUGAUCGGCAACGAACAUGCCUUGGCUUUACCAAACCAUCGUAGUGAUAUUGAUUGGAUG